AUGGAUGUGUAUGAAACAAGAAUACUUUAUGAUAUUGACGUGUACCUGCAACCAUUGAUUGAGGAAUUGAAGGAGUUAUGGAAACUUGGGGUAGAAACAUAUGAUGCUGCAAGAAAUAAAACUUUUCAAAUGCGUGCAGCUUUCUUAUGGACAAUUAGUGAUUUCCCUGCAUAUGCAAUGUUAUCCAGUAUUCUUGGAACUCUCUUGGAUAUAUCUGGCAAGACAAAAGACCACCUAAAUGCUCGAUAUGACUUGCAAGAAAUAGGAAUUCGUAAGAAUCUUCAUCCAAAAGAAAUAAGAGGUCAUAGAAAAGUGAAGUUUGCAAAAGCAUGUUUCUCCAUGGCUAAAGCUGAGAAAUCAAUCUUUUGUGAUGUCUUGAAGAAAGAAAAGCUACCCGAUGGUGCUACCUCAAAUAUUUCUCGAUGCGUGAACCUUUCAAAAAGAAAAGUAUCUGGUUACAAGACUCAUGAUGCCCAUUUUAUGCUGCGUUAUUUACUGCAAAUUCCCAUUAAAAGUAUAUUUCCAGAUUCGGUUGCAAUCCCUUUAAUUUGGCUUGGCUCUUUUUUUCGUCAGUUAUGUCAAAAGGUUAUCACAUUAGAAGAGAUAAAUCAAUUAGAAGCAGAGUUUGUGAUAAUACUAUGCCAACUGGAGAGGAUUUUUCCUCCUUUAUUUUUUGACAUAAUGAUGCAUUUGCCUAUUCAUUUGGCUAAUGAAGUGAGACUAGGUGGCCCAGUUCAAUUUCGGUGGAUGUAUCCUUCCGAAAGAUACUUGUGUACUUUGAAGUCAUAUGUUCGAAAUAGAAGUCAUCCUGAAGGAUCUAUUGCGGAGGCCUACUUGGUUGAUGAGUGUUUGACUUUUUACUCACGUUAUUUACAUGAUGGUGUUCAAACAAAAUUGAAUAGAAUACCUUGGAAUAAUGAUGCUAAUGACUUUGAAGCAGAAAUUCCACAUUCAUUUCCAAUUUUGUUUCCUAAGAAAGGCUGUCCAUUGGGAGUAAAGAAGGGUUUUACUUACGAAAAUCCUAAUUUUGGAUUUACAGAGCAUGAGGCUGAUCAACAAGGAACAAGUUGGGUGAAAGCUAAGAACCAUAGUAUGACCUUUUCCUCAUGGUUUAAAGCACAUGCCAUGCGUCAGAAUGUUCCAGAUUGGAUUAAGGAGCUUUCUAGAGGGCCCAACAAGAUUGCAAAAAGAUAUUCGGGGUAUUUUAUCAAUGGAUAUAGAUUUCUUACUAGGCAACGUGAGGCAAGACGCAAGACGCAAAAUAGUGGUGUAACUUUAGUUGCGUUGACUACGAGCUUUGCAAGUGCAAAGGAUCUAAAUCCAAUUCGUGCAAAAGUUUCCUACUAUGGAAGAAUAAAUAAUAUAAUUGAAUUAGACUACUUUGGCAAUUUUAAGGUUGUAUUGUUUAGAUGUGACUGGUAUGAGACUCAAGAGGAUGGCUAUGGCUCUUCAUAUGUUCAAUUCAACAGAAAAUGCUAUCAAGAAGAGCCUUUUGUGUUGGCAUGUCAAGUACACCAAUGCUUCUAUGUGCAAGAUCCAUUUGAUCAAAAUAAACAUUAUGUUAUGAAGUCAAUUCCGAGGGAUUUAUUUAACAUAUGUGACAAAGCUGAUGUUGAUCCCCAAGCUAUUUAUGAAAAAGAGCCAUCUGACCAGUCAAUGGGUCCUUCUAUACCCAAUGAUAAUGGUGAAAUUGAUUUGAUUAGGGGUGACUUGCACGAAUUUGUUAUAGAUACUUCAAAAGGAGUUCUUCUUUCACAAGAAUAUAACACAGAAUCAGAAGAUAAUUCCGAAGACGACAUUGAAUGA